GUGAUGCUUCUCCUGUGUGUAGAGGAGGAGAGAGCCGCUGCCCAAUGACAGCGCAGGAUGCUCAGAGGCUGCUCCGGUGAAUGGAGGCGUCAAGAUGCCAUCUCAAGCGGUGAAGGAGAGGAAUUAACAUCGAGCAAGGUCUGACUUUGAAGUGUUCCACCCAUUAAGGCAUGAAAUAAAGUCACUCAUGUAUGCUUCAGAGGGUCAGAGCAGUCUCACUUCAGCACGCUCCCAUUAAGGACCCUCUGGCGGCCACACCGCCGAUUCACAGGACAUGUACGGCAGUGCCAGAGCUGUAGGCCAUAUAGAGAGCAGCCCCGCACGGUCCCCGCGCCUGCCAAGGUCCCCCAGACUGGGCCAUCGGAGGGCCAACAGCGGGGGCGGGGGUGGUGCGGGGGGAAAGACGCUCUCCAUGGAGAACAUCCAGUCACUCAAUGCUGCCUAUGCUACUUCGGGGCCCAUGUACCUGAGCGACCACGAGGGCUUGGGCUCCACUGCCACCUACCCGAAAGGCACUAUGACUCUGGGACGCGCCACCAGCAGGGCCAUGUACGGGGGCCGCGUCACAGCAAUGGGCAGCAGUCCCAACAUCGCCUCAGUGGGGCUGCCCCACGGCGACCUGCUGUCUUACAGUGACCUGGGCUCCCUCUCCAUGCUGCAGCACCACCACCACCACCACCAGGGGAUGCCCUCCGCACUGCUGAGGCAGGCGGUGCGGAGCAGUGGGGGGGAGCUGCUGGAGUUUCAGGUCCAGCUCAGGGAUAUGCAGAGAGAGAAUGAGCUGCUGCGUCGGGAGCUUGACCUGAAAGACAGCAAACUUGGAUCAUCCACCAACAGCAUCAAAAGCUUCUGGAGUCCUGAGCUGAAGAAGGAGCGGAUAAUGAGGAAAGAAGAGGCCGCUCGCACAUCGAUCCUGAAAGAGCAGAUGAGAAUCACUCAUGAAGAGAACCAGUCUCUCUUCCAGCACCUCCAGAUGACUAUCCAGGCUCUGCAGGAUGAGCUGCGCACACAGAGAGACCUGAACCACUUGCUUCAACAGGAGGGUGGGAACCGCUCAGACCAUUUCACCACCAUCGAGCUGACGGAGGAGAACUUCCGGCGUCUGCAGGCCGAACACGACAGGCAGGCCAAGGAGCUCUUCUUGCUGCGGAAGACCCUUGAGGAGAUGGAGCUGAGGAUCGAGACCCAGAAGCAGACGCUGGGUGCCAGGGACGAGUCCAUAAAGAAGCUGCUGGAGAUGCUGCAGAGCAAAGGGCUGCCACCGGGGUCCGGGAGGGUGUCCGAGGACGAGGAGCAGGAGAGAGCCAGGCGCAUUGCUGAGGCAGAGGCCCAGCUCGGACACCUGGAGGUUAUUCUGGAUCAAAAAGACAAGGAGAACAUCCAUCUACGAGAGGAACUGCACAGAAGAAAUCAGCUGCACCAGGAUCCAGGCAAAACCAAGGCCCUGCAGACCAUCAUAGAGAUGAAAGACACCAAAAUUGCCUCUCUGGAGCGCAACAUUCGAGAUCUGGAGGAUGAGAUCCAAAUGCUGAAGGCGAACGGCUUACUGAACACAGAGGACAGAGAGGAGGAGAUCAAACAGAUGGAGGUCUACAAAAACCACUCCAAGUUCAUGAAGACCAAGAUUGACCAGCUGAAGCAGGAGUUGUCAAAGAAGGAGUCGGAGCUGCUGGCCUUGCAGACAAAACUAGAGACUCUCAACAACCAGAACUCAGACUGCAAACAGCAUAUCGAGGUGCUCAAAGAGUCUCUCACUGCCAAGGAGCAACGUGCUGCCAUCCUUCAAACAGAGGUAGAUGCUCUGCGUCUGCGUUUGGAGGAGAAAGAGUCCUUCCUGAACAAGAAAACCAAGCAGCUGCAGGACUUGACGGAGGAGAAGGGCACUCUCGCCGGAGAAAUCAGGGAUAUGAAGGACAUGCUGGAGGUCAAAGAAAGGAAGAUCAAUGUCCUGCAGAAAAAGAUUGAGAAUCUGCAGGAGCAGCUGCGAGACAAAGACAAGCAGCUGGGGAAUCUGAAGGACCGGGUCAAGUCUCUGCAGACCGACUCCAGUAACACAGACACUGCCCUGGCGACCCUGGAGGAGGCUCUGUCAGAGAAGGAGAGGAUUAUAGAGCGUUUAAAGGACCAAAGGGAGAGGGAAGACAGAGAACGUCUGGAUGAAGUGGAUUCCUACAGGAAGGAGAACAAGGAUCUGAAGGAGAAGGUCAACGGCCUUCAGAUAGAACUAACAGAGAAAGAGUCCAGCCUCAUCGAUCUGAAGGAUCAUGCUUCGUCUUUGGCCUCCUCUAGCCUCAAGAAGGAAUCAAAGCUAAAAACACUGGAGAUCGCCAUCGAGCAAAAAAAAGAGGAGUGUAGUAAGUUGGAGACGCAGUUGCAGAAGCAAGCUGAGCAGCUAUUCAGUCACAUGAAAAAUCCUAAGGCCCAUGAGGUGGAUCAUCAGACCGGCCCCAGAGGGAACCCGGAGUACGUGGACCGAGUGAAGCUGCUGGAGAAGGAGAUGAAUUACUACAAGGACGAGGCGAACAAGUCUCAGACGGAGGUGGAGAGGCUCCUGGACAUCCUGCGAGAGGUGGAGACUGAAAAGAAUGACAAGGACAAGAAAAUCGCUGAACUGGAAAGCCCCCCUUCCACUGCCCCUCGCCCCGCCUCUCGUCCCGGUGGCAGAGCUCCCCCUGACCCGCUCCCUUCAGUGUCCGCAGCCCCCCAGCAGAUAGGGGGCAUGGUGUGGGAUUUCCUGGGAAAUCUAACUCCAAGACAAGGUGGCAAAGACCAGACCAAGAAGGGUCCAAAUGUCAAACUGGGACCACAAGGGGACAAGAAGGGCUUAGGACAAGACCCUCGUAAGGAUGGCUCCAUGGACCACUUAAAGUUGGAGGAGCUGAUGAAUACGCUGGAAAGGACGAGGCAGGAGCUGGAUUCCACAAAGCAGCGUCUCUCGUCCACACAGCAGUCCCUGCAGGAGCGGGACGGCAACCUCACCAACAUGAGACAGGAGCGCAGGAAACAGCUGGAGGAGAUCCUGGAGAUGAAGCAACAGGCUCUGCUUGCAGCCAUCAGUGAGAAAGAUGCUAAUAUUGCACUGCUGGAGCUGUCGACCUCCAAUAAAAAGAAGACCCAGGAUGAGGUGCUGUCCCUCAAGAGGGAGCGGGACAAACUGAUGCACCAGCUCAAGCAACACACACAAAGCCGGAUGAAGCUGAUUGCCGACAACUACGAAGACGAACAAUAUCAUCCCCACGCUCCUCACCACCCCCAGCCUCAGCCUACCCAUGCUCAGCCUCCCCAUGCUCAGCCUCAGCCCCAGCCUCAGCCUCAGUACCCCCACCCUCCCCACGCUCCCCAUGCUCCGCACGCUCCCCACCCUGCCCACCCUCCCCACGCUCCUCACGCUCCUCACGCCCAGCAGACUCCAUAUCCCAACACCAUGCAUCCGCAACACCCGCAGGCCCCCCCAACAGCACCCACACCCACAGCAGGCACAACCCCAAUACCCUCACCCCCAGCAGCACCCCAAUCAGCACCCCCAGCAGCACCCCAAUCAGCAUCCCAAUCAGCACCCACAGCAGCACACCCAGCAGCACCCCCCACCACCUCCUCAGCACCAACAGCACCCACGACCCCCACAGCCCCAACACCCUCACCAACAGCACCCUCCCCAGCACCCACACGGACAUCCUCCUCCCCAGCACCCUCACCCGCAGCACCCACACGGCCCUCCCCAACAAGGACCCCAACAUCCACAUCCCCAGCACCCCCAGCACCCGCAUCACGGCCAACAUCCACGUCACCCAUCGCCCCAUCAUCGUGGAGGGCCGGCCCGAGGACCCCCACAUGCUGGUCACCGCCCUGCCCAGGACCAGCAGGAUGACGACGAGGGCAUUUGGGCAUAAUCCUUGCUGUGACAACCAAAGCUCUAAUAUUGUUUUGAGGGAUGAUUCAGUCACUACUGGAGUAGCACAGCCACGCCACGAUGUUGAAACACUACCCGACCAAACAUGUAUUACCUUCACUCAGUCGACACUCAGCAAUGGGACUUUUGUUUAUUUUCUCUGGGGACGAGGAGGGGGCACUCAGGUGUGCAGGUCAGGCGGGGAGACUGACAGAUGAUCAGGUGACCUGGGACCUCUUCUCUGUGUGAAACAGGAGCAGCCGUCCUCUUCUUCCUCUGUACAGAAACACAGAUGCAGGACUACAUUAAAAUGAUGUUGAUACCCAUAGAGACAGAUGUGCCCUGUCAGAUUCUUGCUUGAACAUGGCAUGUGAUCAACAUGGCAGCCCUACGUCUCACAGAGGUCACCUCACCUGUCUGUCACCUGCUGAUCACUACACCUCUUCAGGCCAACAACGCCCUCUCCAUCCACCCAGCAGAGAUCUCAUGACUGCCUGCCAGAGCCCAGUAUUUGUUCCUCAUCCUCCUCCCUGCGAUGGAUCAAGAUCCUGGUCUUCUUGCUGUCUGUUUCUCCUACCCACUGAUCCCUCUGGCUGGCUUCCCCACCUGACUCUGUUCUGGUUUCUUGAUCCUCACUGCCCUGCUGACCCACCUGGUGACAUCUGACCCCUCGACCUGGCUGUCAUCACCCUCAUGACUAUUUUGUAGUUUUAAUCAUUUGAUCGUGUCGAUGAGCUAAUUUACCCUUUGUGGCACACAGUGACCUCUUUUUUACCUUUAUACAUGCCAACACACAACACAUCUGUUUAGAGGCACUUGCUUUUUCCACACACCAGAUUAGAUCGUUUUCUGUUUUAAUUUCUUGUUGGUAAAAGGGAGAGCUUAAAGCUUGCUGAUAGUAUGCCUUUAGCCUUGCCUGCAGUGGUGGGGUUCCCUUGGCUACUGAAGCAGGGCCUUCCAGCUCAUGGGCUUGUUAUAGCCUCAAGGCUGUGGGUGCUAUCAAUGUUUCUCUUCAUCUUACCUCAUUUUAAUCAAAAGUAGUCAACAAAAGAAUCAAUCUAUGCAGAAGUCAAUGUAGAGUGAAUGCAUUUUUAUUCCCACAUCCUUGCUCAAAUUUAUCACCAAAAGUGUAAUCAACCAUCCAAUCAGAGCGGCCAAGAGAGGGUUAAAAAAAUAAAUAUCAUAAGUCAUUUUACCUUUCCUUUCUGAUACUAUGCACCUAUGCACCUCCUCCGUGUUGCAGGAAUUUUUACUAAUGGUGCUUCUGCUGGUGCUCAAACUAAAUGGUGUCAGAAGACCUGGUCAAGAGCAUCUUUUAGUCCUUUUACAGUAGAGGGACUUGAUCCCAAAACGGGCUUCACAAACAACUGUAAGACUGCUUUGUACAUACGUCUUGACCUUAUGAACAACAAUUACUUCAAGACCCACACAGAGGUGAUGGUAUGAAGAGUGCUACUAUAAAUACAGUAUAGACUAUAAGGUGGAGGUUCAAUCGAUGUUUUCCCCGCAGGUCUGGCUGUACCAUUGACACCCCAUCUCUGACUACAGUAUGGUCCUGCUCCCCUCUCCGGUGUGACCACCCCAAACAUAGUGACCUGUUUUCUCCUUCUCAACAAGGUGGCCUGUGCCUCGUAAAAACUGUACACAAUAUAUAUGAUAGAUAUUCAUAUAUAUUAUACAUAUAGAGAGAAAUCUAUAGUGUGUCUAUAUGUGGUCAGAAAAUCGUUUCAAACUGACAAGAUAUAUAUGUUUUUUUCUUCAUGGUUAUUUUUCUAACUGGCUGGAGGUCAGUGAGAUGUCUUUAGAGUGUUGAGUGGUGUGAUUUUCCUCUGAUUUGUACAUUGUGAGAAAACCCUUCAGCAACAAGAAACAUUCCCUGUCUGAAAACAGGACAGCCCAAAAAGAAAAAAAAUAUAAGAGCUUUAGAGCAGUUUGAGGAAUAGAAGUAUAUCCAAAUCUAUUUAGAAGUGUAUAAAAUAUGACAUUAUUACAUUCCUUCCUUAUGAAAACAUUUAGUUGAACAUCACUUGGCUUGUGGUGACAACUUCGAACAAAAAAAAGACUGAAUUUUGCAGCUCACAUCAGUAGCAAUGAGAUUAUGGCUGCUGGACUAAAGCAGUCAGAAACUUGCACUUGUGAGUGAUGACUAUCACGUUUAACAUCCAAGUAGAGGUUCGAGUGACUCUGUCGGGAUGCAUUUCUUUCGCGUGUUUGUCGUCGUUGUCGUCUUGUAAACAGAAGUGGUGACAUACGUGACUGUGACAGCUGAUCAAGUAGAAAAAACAACUCGCAUUAUAUAGUGAAAAUUGAAUUAGACUGUUACAAUCCCCUACUUCCUCUCCCUCCCUUCAUGGUGCCUGUGUCUCCUUUAUAUGGCCAAGUGUUGAUUGUUGUAUGUAAAUGUCUUUCCAUCUACCCAUCUUCCAAAAAGUAUGUGUCCGCUUCACCUAUGAACCUACACACAUCCUGUCACUGACCAAGAAUCCAUUGAUGUGUGAAACUUUCGUGGUUGUGUUUACAAAUGUUAAAAGAAAGGUCCUGAUUUGGAAUUUUCUUUUUAUGGGAAGGCAAUGCAAACAGACAGGAGCAAAAAUCCUCUCAAUCCACCAUCGGGGGGCCGAGUGCAAUUCCCCGACUUUCAGGUCCUUAUCUUUUGAAUACUUGAAGUAGGGGGUUCUCCUAAUACCAUAUAUGAUUUACAUGGUAGAACACAUGAAACAUUUUAAUUGUGCGCAUGCAUGCUGAAUUUUACAUAACGUGCCAACUGAAAGCGACGACGUAAGGAUAAUCUCCUGUUCUCUAUGCAGAGCGAUUUCUCAACUGUUGUGUCAAAUAAAAAAAUGGUAGGAGACACAGAGGCUUAGAGGCUGGGGCUUGUUCCCUGGGUUUAAACGAAAGACUAAUCCUGGGUGUGAAAAACGAACAUCGCACUCAGUGUGAGGUGGAGUCAAGAAGUCAAGUCUGUGGCUGGAGGCAGCCGUGUAGAAAAAUACUUGAAAGGCCUGUAGGUUCACCAGUUAUUUUCAAAAGGCCUUUGAGAAAAAAGUAUGAAAAGCCUAACAUUUUCACUUUAUCGUUGUAUACAGGUUGUUUUUCUGUAACUGUAUGUUGCUGAAAACUUUGGAUUAAACAAAUCACUGUGACCAAUGCCAGAAACAUUUUUUUGUUUUGACAGAACAAAAAUUGUUUACAUUUUUAUUCUUCAUUUUUUGUAUUUAAGUUAACUUAAUUUUGUCUAUGGUUUAAGCUUAUAAAAUAUGCCAGUUUGAGACUGUACUAUUUGUAUAAGUAAAUGUUUUGAGCUGUAAAGUAAAGAUCUAGGAACACGUUAAAUGUGAGUGUCCAGCAUGCUGAAUGAUUACUUGUGUGAACGUGAGCUAGCCUCCCAUGAUGCAUCAUUCCUCAUUCAUUACUUGCAUCUGCAUCGUGACGGUGUGAUGUUGUGUUUGAGAGUGAUGUGUGUCUCACUUACUGUGUCCCCUUAGUAGACAGCCUGUGCAGUUUUGUGAGAGUGCAGCAUGAUUUUGGAGUUGCUUGUGUAAAUGUAUUCAGAAUAGAGAAAGGAGUGAUAGUGAGUGUGUGUGCACAUAGCUGCUUUCAUGGAUGUGGGUGUGUGUGUCAUGAAUGCAUAAGAGAAAAAUCUAUUUAAAAAACUUUAUCAGAGGAAGUCCAUGGAGAAAAAAGAGAGAGACUGAGUCAAAGUUUUGAAUGAAGCAUGGAUACUCUGUGAUGUUUUCUGCUUCUUUUUUUAACCCUCUGAGGCUAUCCUCAGCUCCCCAGUUUGCUAUUGUAUGUGAUGUAUAACAGAAUACUACUAUUGAGUGUUGGCCAGCUUGUUUAUAUCCAUCAAAUAAAGGUGACUUUCUUUCUGUC